CGUCAGACAAUGAGCGCCGAACAAAAGACUGUUGCCGUCAACAAGAUGAAGGCUCUCCACAUCGAGAAGCUCGUUCUCAACAUUUGCGUUGGUGAGUCUGGUGAUAGACUUACUCGUGCUGCCAAGGUUCUCGAACAAUUGACCGGUCAGACCCCCGUCUACUCCAAGGCUCGCUAUACCGUCCGUACCUUCGGUAUCCGUCGUAACGAAAAGAUCUCCGUUCACGUCACCGUCCGUGGCCCCAAGGCUGAGGAGAUUCUUGAGCGUGGCCUCAAGGUCAAGGAGUACGAGCUCCGUGCCCGUAACUUCUCUGAGACCGGUAACUUUGGUUUCGGUAUUGAUGAGCACAUUGACUUGGGCAUCAAGUACGAUCCUUCCAUUGGUAUUUACGGUAUGGACUACUACAUUGUUAUGGGUCGCCCCGGUAACCGCGUCGCUCGUCGCAAGCACUGCAAGUCCAAGGUUGGUGCUACCCACCGCAUCAAGAAGGAAGAAUCUGUUGAAUGGUUCAAGACCCGCUUCGAUGGUGUUGUCAGCAACAAAUAAAUAUUGUUCACUUCAUUGCCCUAUUAAUAAUGCUGCGUUUUCUUGCAAUCAACCAAUUUGAAAUAUAUAUAUAUAUAUAUAUGUGUGUGUAUGUGCGUGUGUGUAUAUUUGUCUUUGUGUGAAGCUGGUAAAAGAGAGUGAUGUAAAAAAAAAGUGUUUUUUCUUCUUCUUUUCUUUUCUUUUUAGCUCUAUUAGCAAUUCAAUAAAUCUGCAUUUACUAUUUAUUCAUACAAGCAAAGGACAUAAAAAUGGAAUACAUUUUUGGUCAAAAACAAUGUGUUACUUUCUAUGGGCGGUUAGAUGGUUUUUUCAUCAUUCCAAUUCUGCUCAUACUCUUGCUAGGAGGCCUAAGUCCACUAAGUCCUGUCGUACGUGAAGUUUCUUCGUCUUGAUCUGUUUGUAGUGGUUGUGUAUUAUGUCGUCGCUGAGGAGGUUUGAAUCCUGUUGUAGGUGGUAUCGGCUUGACAAUUGUGAUUCUUGAAGGUGGCGUGCUGAAAAGACUCGUGCGUGGAGUUGUAUUAGCCCGCAUAGGGGAAGUUGGCCUAGAAAGGGCAGAAUAUCGUCUGCUGUCUACUGGACUCAUGAUUGGGGAAUGAGGAGUAGAUGAGACAUUUGGAAUAUGACUUGUUCUUUGCGCAAUUCUGCUAUCUGAUCUUCCCAUAGUUAUUGAUUGGUGUGUUUGCUGCGGUUUCUGUUGCUUUUGUUGCUGUAGUUGGUGCUGUUGUUGUGUAGGCUUUUUAGAAGAAAGCGUUUUCUCUGGGUUAGGAGUUGAUGUUUUUGGAG